CACUAGUUGGUAUUGCUCGAACGUUCAUUAAAACCGUUGAAAAUAUCAAAUAAAAACUGUGUAUCUUAUAACAAUUAAAAGUUAAUUGUGCAGUUGAGAGUGCAUAUUAACGCCAGCAAAAUGUAUUUUUUGGCAGUGCUUGCGUUUAUUGGAAAUGCCAAAGAUAGCAACGCUGUGAGCUCCAGCCUCAUUCAGGGUGGUCACUGCCGCGAUUACAAUGGCAAACUGUAUGAGACUGGCAUGCAUUACAUGCCCGGGCCGGACUCCUGUCGACUCUGCAUCUGCGACAGCGGAUUGCCCAAGGCGUGUAAAAUGGUGCUGUGCGAGGCCUUCAGCAAGUGCAAGUCCUUUCAAACUGUGGGCAGUGGCAACAACUGCUGCGAGGUCAUCUGCCUCGAUGAUCAAUUCAGCGAUGGCAGCACCGACUUUGGCAUUUGACUGGUGGCCAGUGGCA